AUGACUAGUUUGGACGUGAGCAAGGGGUUCGAACGGCAAGAUUUGGCUUCAGUGCUUGUGGAUAAACGAAAAUGGCAAGGAUGUAUCUUACCCGAGGGUGAAAACUCCAUGCACUAUCGGUCUACCGAACGGGCCGGAUUGAGCGUACUCUCCAUCCGCGUGCAACGGAUUCGUGUCUCCAGUCAGUUGGGAAAAUACGUUUACUUCUCGUGUGGUGAUGGUUCGCCUCAGUUGAGCACUGUCACCAACUUUUAG